GUCUAUCGAUUAGCGAGUGGACACUGCGUGAUCGUGCAUGCAGGUUCAUUGAUCAUUACCCACCUCCUGGCACUCUGGACCCAUCAUGGAGUCUGGGAAGCAGCUGACAGGUACACUGGCCCUGGCCGUGUUCACAGCAGCUCUGGGCUCCCUGCAGUACGGAUACAGUCUUGGAGUCAUCAACGCACCACAGAAGGUCAUUGAAAAGCAUUAUGGGCGCUCCCUGGGGGUCUGGACAGAGAGGGCCAUUGGGCAUCCAGAGAACAGCACAGAAGAAGAGGCGGGAAACCACCCUACUGUAGUCAUGUACUGGUCCCUGUCCGUGGCAAUCUUCUCCAUCGGUGGCAUGUUAUCGUCCUUCCUGGUAGGAUUUGUGGGAGACCUGAAAGGGAGGGUGAAAGGCAUGCUAAUGGUCAAUGUUCUGGCUGUGGCUGCUGGUCUGCUGAUGGGUCUGUGCCAGAUGUGGAAACCUCACAUUAUGAUCAUCUCAGGACGUGCUGUUAUGGGCUUUUACUGUGGGUUGACAUCUGGACUGGUGCCUAUGUACAUUGGAGAGAUUGCACCCAAGGCCUACAGGGGGGCUCUGGGAACGUUACACCAGCUGGCUAUUGUCAUCGGUAUCCUAAUCAGCCAGGUUCUAGGCUUGGACUUUGUGCUUGGUAACGAUGGUAUGUGGCCCCUGUUGCUCGGGCUGUCUGGAGCUCCGGCGGUGUUACAGACCCUGCUGCUGCCUCUGUGCCCCGAGAGCCCGCGUUACCUCUACAUUGUUCUGGGCAAAGAGCAAGAGGCUCGGAAAAGUCUGUGUCGCCUGAAGGGGCAGUAUGACACAACUUCUGAUCUGGAGGAGAUGCGGAGAGAGAAAGAGGAGGCAGACAAGGAGGCCCGGGUCUCUAUCCUCUCUUUGAUCCGCUCUUCCGUCUACAGGCAGCAGCUGUUUGUUGCCCUCAUGAUGCAUCUCUCCCAACAGUUUUCUGGCAUCAACGCUAUCUUUUAUUACUCGACGGCCAUCUUUGCUCAGGCUGGUGUCAGUCAGCCAGUCUAUGCCACUAUAGGAGUCGGGGUCAUCAACACAGUUUUCACGAUGGUGUCUGUUGCGCUGGUGGACAGGGCUGGUCGACGCAGUCUGACGCUGGUUGGUCUGGGAGGAAUGUGCUGCUGUGCAGUCGCCAUGACAGUGGGCCUCGCACUCCAGAAUCAAUUCAUCUGGAUGAGCUACGUCAGCAUGUCCGCCAUCUUCCUCUUUGUGAGUUUCUUUGAAAUCGGUCCUGGUCCGAUUCCAUGGUUCAUCGUGGCUGAGCUGUUCAGUCAGGGACCUCGGCCUGCGGCCAUCGCUCUGGCUGGCUGCUGCAACUGGACCAGCAACUUCAUCGUAGGCAUGACCUUCCCCUAUAUACAGGUUUGGCUCGGUUGCUACGUGUUUAUCCUGUUUGCUGUGCUGCUUUUCGGUUUCACCGUGUUUACUUAUCUCCGGGUCCCUGAGACCAAAGGAAAAACCUUCGAGGAGAUUGCUGCUGUCUUCCAGAAGGGACGGAAAAAGCCAGCCCCGAUUCCCAAAGACGAUAACGAACUGCAGCAGCUCAAAACUUCCACGGACGCCUAAACCAACUGUGUGUCGCUAUUUCUAGUGUGUUUAUUCUGACAGUAUUAGCAUGAUAUCUAUUCAAAUAAGUUUGUUUACACAGGAGAAAAGGACACAUUUUCAUUACAUUUAUAAAAGAACUAUACACAAAAAGCAGUGCAAUGAAAAAUGUGUUACUGGUGUAUGGAGUGGUUAAUCUCUCGCUGCAGGGGUCACUCCUGUUUUCAAACUCACAGGUUAAGCUGCAGGAUUUUAGUGUUUUGGGUCAUUUCUACCACUAUCAUUGCGUCAUCUUAGGCCAAAGCAUGGAGAGGCUUUUAUAACACAAGCUAUAAAACCUAAUCUAUGUAUGUUUUCCACUAGAACUCUGAUUAUGGAAUGAAUUGAGAUAGGAAAUGAAACGAGAUGAUGAUCAAGAGACUGCAUUUUUACUCUAUUAUAACUUAAAGGUUGGACAAACUCAAACACGAUUUUAGACGUUAGCAUACCAGCUUAAACAAGGAUAUAUUAGAGUGAUCUGCGUUCUGAGCAGAGAAGUAACAUCCCCUCUGUGUGUGUAGAUAUCCCAGUGUCUCUGUUCUGUUUGUGUUGUUGUUUCUGGUGUGCCUUUGUGUAAAUUGCAACCUCUGACCCCAUUAAAUAAUGUAUUUUGCUCAUUGUAAGUUGAACGUUGAAUCAUUGCAUGUCUGUAUGUACAUGUAUGUAUGUGUGUACGAGUUGGGAUGUGUUCACCUGCUGAAGGGUUGAAGUUGAGGUCACAUUAAAUCUGAGUUUAAGACUUUUAGGUUUGA